GAUGUUGAAGUAACACAACCAGAGAGAAGCUGCAAUCACUUAGGAAACAUCAACUUUACUUUCCUUGAAGAGUUUUUUCCCCCCAGCUUUUCCCGCUCACUAGGACCCAGAGGCAACCUCGCACCGGUGUGGGUGAGUCCACGGGGGUGGGGGAGAGAGAGAGGGGGAGACUAAUACGCGAAAUGUCAUCUUCAACAUCUUAAAUAAGGAGGAAAAACACAAAACCGGAGAUGUCCACACGUGACGGCGGCACGGCGCUAUAUGAGGAAAAAGGCAGCAAGCAUCAGGACCAGUCGGGAGUCGGUCGCCGCGCAACCUCAGCAGCGCGCAGCACGCAGGGUCGCUCACUCAGCGCCGGCGCUUUUCCGCUUUAAAAAGAAAAGCAAACACAUGUGAGUUUUUGUUUCCGCCGUUUCACGCGCCACACGGGACGAACCCUGAGUGAGGAAACGCAGGUAUAAACGGAAUCUAAAGCGGUUUUUUUUUUUUUUUGCAGAGAGGAGGAAAGGAAAUCCCCCCCUCCGCUGCAGCUACCACCUUUUUUUCCUCCUCCUCGACCUCUUGAGCUCUCGUGGGGGACACAAGUUUCUCACACAAAAAGGGAUGCUGCAUGUUCCCGAGCCACACUUGCACUCAGAGGGGACCUAAAGUGGACCGGAGCGGGAUUACACACUUCAUCUGAUGCAAGCGCAGCAACACAGACACGUUUGAGUGACUGGAGGAAAUCAGCCGCGCUCCGUAAAAUGGUCCCAAUCGGCGACGUGAUACCAUGUCGCAUCUCGUCUGAUGUUUGACACACUUGUGGAGAGAACUUAAGAGACUGGGGGAGGACGUUGCAAAAGUCACAGAGAAUCCAUCCCGAGCCUCGCAGGCACCUUUUUGCUGGAGUCCGGGACAAACUGAUCGCCGUCCAGAUGCAGUUUCGACUCUUCUCCUUUGCCCUGAUCGUAUUGAACUGUAUGGAGUACAGCAACUGUCAGGCGCCGUCGCAACGCUGGAGGAGAAACAAAAGAGCUAGCUAUGGAGCGUACCCCAUCUGUAAGGGCUGCUCGGUGUGCUCCAGGGACAACGGCUGUGUAAACUGCCAGCCCAAACUCUUCCUGUUUCUGCGGAGAGAGAGGAUGAGGCAGUACGGGGAGUGUCUCCACGACUGUCCAGCGGGAUACUACGGCAUGCGCAGCCCUGAACUCAACAUGUGCUCCAGGUGCAGGAUAGAGAACUGCGAGUCCUGCUUCAGUAAAGACUUCUGCACCAAGUGCAAGUUGGGUUUUUACCUACACAAAGGGCGCUGCUUUGACAAGUGCCCGGAGGGCUUUGCUCCACUGGAGGAAACGAUGGAGUGUGGAGAGGGCUGUGAGGUGGGCCAGUGGAGUGAAUGGGGAGCAUGCACCAGGAGAAACAAAACCUGUGGCUAUAAGUGGGGUCUGGAGACCCGGACGCGGCACAUUGUAAAGAAACCACCGAAGGACACGAUACCUUGUCCCACCAUCGCCGAGUCCAGGAUGUGCAAAAUGGCCCUGAGGCACUGCAGGAGAGGUGGCUCAGGGAAGCACCGACCAAAAGAACCAAAGAAGAAGAACAAGCAAAGGCUGCGGUUUCGGGCCCAGAACCAGCACAGUGACCACUUGGCCUCUGUGCGCCCCAGCCAGUGAGGGACUGAAAACUGCCCAUUGAACAAAGAACCAACGCGAAGCUGCUAGCCGCUGCUGCACCCAUAUUCUAAACCGACGACUAUCACGAAUCCCGCCACCUUUCCACCUGCCUCACAUCCCCUCCCCACCGUCCCUGACGACCCCCACCCCGCCAGGACAUAGCCAUGACUCACAAAUCCAAAAAUAUACAGUAUUUGUAACGUACGAUGUCAGUAUCAACAUAUCCAAAUACUUGCUUCAUGUCUCUGCCUCCUGCUGCUUCUCCCCCUCCUGCAGUGACCAGCCCGGUGACUCUGUUGCCCCCCCCAGCCCCGCCCCCUUGUCUUGCCUCGUGGACCUAUUGCAGUUGACAUUACUGAACUCAUUUCCCCAUCAUUAACACAAUGUCAUUGACCAUCCGGCGUGAUGGAAGACGGGCAACCAGAGGCCGUGGAGACGGGAGCGCUAGAUAGAGGGAGGUGGAUAGGAGCGGUAGUGAGGGAGUUUUGCUGAGCUGAACUACUCCUGGGAUGAAAUGGGGGGGAGGCAUUGAAUCAAGGAGGAUGAAAGAAAAGAUGGAGAAUUAAGAGGCAGAAGAGAUUUGGCUGAAGCAGUUGACGCUGAUGAACUGAAAGAGACUUUUUUUUGUUUCUAUAUUUAUGUCAAAGCUACCCUCACCUUCCCUCUAAAUGGAGACGGAGUGUUCCCAUGUGCGGCCUUUAUGUUAUGUACAUUUUUGAGAGUAAUAUUAAAGAAAUUACCAUGCAUAGUUGCAAAGUAUUUUAUUCUCAGCACAAACUGUUUACGUUCAGACCGCUUUAUGCUCUAACUGUAUAGUGUGGAUAAUAAAAGAAAUUUAGUUGUUCGACUAGCAUGGCGACAGACUCGUGUACAUAAUUUAUCUAAUUAUGAAAGCUUAUUACUGUAUUUUCAGUAUUGACUCGUUCACCGUUCUAAAUGUUUUAGAGAUAAAAGGGUUGUAAUACCAAGCUACAGAUUAAAAUGAUUAAAAACAAAUAAUAAACAUAGCCGCAAACAUAGCUAUUUCAUUUAUAUGGUAUAUAUUUGAUUUAUUUAUUAAUUCUAUUUUGUACUUUUUUUUGUUCAGUGAGAUUUUCUUUUGCCUCAUACUGUUACUCUUAUAUGCGGAAAUAUUCUUUGAGUUCCUUAUAACAGUGCAUAUCUUUAACAAGUGGAAAAGGUUUCUGUCUGAUGUCACGCCAAGUGUUGUAUAACAUUCAUUUGACCUCAUCUACUGAUUUCAGUGUUUUAAAGAAGAAAAAACGACAAAUGAAACUAUGCUUUGACAUAUUCUAGGUUUUAAUAAUUAGGAUCCAGCAAAUGUAUGGUCAUAGGACUGCAUAUGUGUACGUUGUGUUUUAUUAAAAUACACUUAAUGUGACUGUACGAUGAAGCCUUCAUUGUUGUCUAUGGUUGUAAUAUAUGUGGCUAAACUCCAAAAAUGCAGUUUUCUUGUCUCACUUCAGUGUACAAUUAUACAAUUUCGAAAAUAA